AUGAUGUAGAUAGUGACUUCAGAAUCUCAAUUUGAUUAAAUUUAUCAAAGUCUAUGUAAAGAUGAUAGAUUUUGUAUUGAUUUAAGAGGAUAAUUCGAGAGAAUUUUAAAAGUAGAGUAGGAGAGACAUAGAGUCUAUAAUGAUUUUGCAAAUUUUUUAAGAGGAUUGGCUAAAGAACCAUUCUAAGACUCAUUAUCACUUAUUGAAUUAUUUGAUGAACUUGCAAAAGACAUCUAAGAAGUUAAUUUAAAAUAUAUGAAAAAUCAGAAUUAAGACUCAGAUAAAGGGUUUAUUAAUUUAUUGAAAUGCAAAAUAAUACCUAGUUUAAUAGAUGGAUAAAAGUAAGUUGAAAUUUAGAAAAAGGCAUUGGCUGAAUUAAGGGAAAAAGCAACAAAAUUAAAAAAAUUAGAAUAAAAGAAAGAAGAUUUAAUGAUGAAGAAUGAUGACAAAUUACUUGGUAUAGAAAAAUAGUUAUAGGAGGCAAAGAGAGAAAAACUGGAGAAAGGGUAAACUUUUAAUUUCACAUAUUAAAAUUAUGUAGAAGAUAAAAAUGAUGAAUUAAAAGGACUAUUCAAACAUUUUUUUAAUAGACUACUUGUAAUAUCUACGGCAGGACUUGAAAAUUAUUCAGUUGCAAUCAAUAAAGUUCACACUACUGAUGAAAAAAAAGAAAUCGAGUUUAUAUUGGGUGAGCUUGGAAUAAUAAAGAAGAAAAGAAGAUGA